CUGACGGGUCCAUGAGAUGCUGAAAUUUCAGUUUCUUCAUCCGAACGUACAUCGUCUGCGGGCAUUAAUAACCCAGUCCCCGCGCAACAUUAUGCUCGACCCGGCAGCCACAUUUUACGUUACCGGAUGACACGCAAAAGUCAGUAUGUCGAAGAUGGAGCAUCACCCACCACCUCCAGACCAGCAACCGCUGAGCAGUGACGGAAGACCUCAGAGAUCCAUCCGGGGACUGCGCUGGCUGCUUGUCUGCCUGGCCAUCUUCUCGUGCAAUCUCCUGUACGGCCUGGACAACACCAUUGUCGCCGAUAUCCAGGCCCCCAUCAUCGACUCCCUCGGCGGCGUCAGCAAGCUCGGAUGGCUCGGCGUCGGCUUCCCCCUGGGAUCCAUUGCAAUUAUCCUCCCCAUUGGCAAGGCGUACGCUAUUUUCGAUGUAAAAUGGCUGUAUGUCGGAUCCCUGGCAAUGUUCGCGGCUGGGAGCGCGCUGUGCGGGGCCGCUCCCACCAUGGAUGCCCUGAUUGUGGGACGAGUUUGGGCAGGCGCUGGCGGAGCGGGCAUGUAUCUGGGGAACUUGAACUUGAUCCAACGGCUUACCACGCCAAAAGAGCGCAGCGUCUACAUGGCAGUCAUUGUACUGGUCUAUGGCGCCGGUGCCAUUCUCGGACCCGUAGUGGGCGGUUCCCUGGCCGAUAGCUCGUCUUCAGGCUGGCGUUGGGCCUUCUAUCUCAACCUCUUCAUCUUUGCCGCCAUGGCUCCGAUCUACAUCUUCCUUCUGCCGUCGGUCCAGCCCCGACCCGAUGUCAGUCUGCUGGCGAAGCUGCUAUCCCUCGACUGGGUAGGGUCUAUCCUGAGUUCGGCCAUGUACACCGUCUUCGCCAUGAUCUUCACCUUCGGAGGCUCGAUCUGGCCCUGGGGAGAUGGCCGCAUGGUCGCACUCUACGUCGUCUUCGCGGUGACAAUCACUGCCUUUGCCGCCACACAGUACUUUGCGCUCUUCACAACCAGGGAGAACCGGCUUUUUCCUGGACAUUUCCUGCGUGACCGGACGCUGGUGCUUCUGUUCAUCUGCUGCUGCUGCCUCGGCGGCGCGCUGUUCGUCACCAUCUAUUACCUCCCGCUCUACUUCCAGUUCGUGCGCAACGACAACGGCGUCCAGGCGGCGGUCCGACUCCUCCCGUUCAUCUGCUUUUACAUCUUCGGCGUCAUCUUGAACGGGGUGCUGAUGCUGCGCUGGGGGUACUACAUGCCAUGGUUUCUAGUCAGUGGCGUCUUUACAGCCAUCGGGGGCGCACUCUUGUACACGAGCUCGGAAGACAUGGCCAACGCCAACAUCUACGGUUACUCGAUUCUGGUCGGCAUCGGCAUGACCGCUUACCAGGCCGCGUACUCGGUUGUGCCGGCCAAGGUCUCUCCCGACGACGUCGCCGCGGUCACGCAGUUCAUCAACAUCGCCCAACAGGGAAGCAUCCUCGUCGCGCUCGCGAUCUGCAGCACGAUAUUUCAGAAUUCUGCUCAGGACAGGCUCUUAUCUAUCCUGAUUCCAGCUGGGUACUCUGAGGUGGAUGUUACGGCUGCUAUCGCUGGUGCCAAAAGCGCGGUGCUGCAAUCCGCACCGCCAGAUGUCCGGCGUGCCGCCUUAGACGUCCUGGUGGAGGCGAUUGACGGUGCAUAUACGCUGAUCAUUGUCUCUGGCGGUCUCCUGGUCAUAUGUGCCCUGUGCAUGAAGCGGGAGAGGGUCACUAUGGAGUUGGUGGCUGGAGGCUAAGGAAGAGUGCUGUUCUCCGUAGGAGCAGAUAACCAUGAGCAUGCUCUCAAGUGGGUAGUGGAGUACCCAGGAUGAGGCAGCAGCCUCGAUGUCGCCGAUCCCCUUGUUGACGGCAAGGGGCGAGGCAGUGCAUCCCACAGCUGCUCUCGUCUCGGCCGAGGCAAGCUAUAUUUGCUAGCUGAAGC